AUGGAGCAGACUGAAGCAACAGCUGCGGUGGAAACACGCUCAUUGGGAUCCCCGUGUGUGCUCAUCGUCAUCUCCGCUCCUGAGUGCAGGUGAGCUAUUUCUAACUCAAUUGGCUCAAUUUCAGUUAGUUACAUUGUUGUCUCUGCCUUACAGCUGCUAACGAGGUAAGUCUAUCACAUCAGCUGGAGCCAUGACUGUGGAACCGUGCGUAAAUUAAAAAAGAGGAAAGGAAGUGCAGCUGGUAACUCCGCUUAAAUUUAAAUAUAUUGAGGCUUGUUCCGCUCAUGUUUCUAUUUUCUGUCGUGGUAAGCUCCCUUCUUUUAAUAUUCAUUCAUGGUAAGAUCGCACUCUUACUUUUGGCGCGCCUUUGAAUUCGAUUUAAGAGCUAAACAAAGUGGUGUCUGGAUAUUUAUUGUGCGCAAAUUAAAGCUUUACCUGCCGGGACUUCACAUGGAACUGUUUUGACGAGACAUGUUUGUGCCGCUUACGCACAGCAUCUGCACCUUUUGGCAUGCCUGAAACGAUCCAGCAAAGCGUUGAUUAAAAUAAUGAUUUUAUAUCUAUAUCUAUAUUUUUUUAGAUUCCACAAUUGGGGGUCCAGACUGAUGCGCAUGGAAUAGAGAGGUAGUCGAGGAUCGGACGGGAGUAUUUCUCACUUUUAUUUGCAGCCUGCAGGGGUUCAUGAUGUUCCACCAGCUGACGGAUCAAACGGUGAACGGCAGCUGUCAGGCAGCCCCCUCACAGUGCAACAAGAGCACCGAUGGAGACGCGCUCCAGCUGCCAACCUUCUCCACCGCGGCCAAAGUCAGAGUUAUCAUCACCUUCACUCUGUGCGCGGUGUCAGCCGUCUGCAACUUGGUCGUGCUGUGGGCUGCAAGCAACGGCGGCAGGCGCAAAUCUCACGUGAGGAUCCUCAUCAUGAACCUGACGGUGGCGGACCUGCUGGUGACUUUUAUCGUGAUGCCCGUGGACGCGGUGUGGAACAUCACAGUGCAGUGGCAGGCGGGGGACCUCGCCUGCAGGCUGCUUAUGUUUCUGAAGCUGGUGGCAAUGUACUCGUGCGCUUUUGUGACCGUGGUCAUUAGUUUGGACAGACAGUCUGCUAUUCUGAAUCCUCUGGGGAUAAGUGAAGCAAAAAGGAAGAGUAAAAUCAUGUUGACUAUAGCCUGGUCGAUGAGUGUCAUCCUUUCUCUCCCUCAGGUAAGAGGAAACACACUUUUUUUUUGUUUUAGGAGCUCAUAUCAAAUCAUUCCUUCACACUGUAAUCAUAUGAGGCUUCUCCAACAUCAAAGCUACUCAUGUUUGAUGCUGCCUGUCAUAUACCCAUUUCAGGGAGUUCAACAUUGUUCAAAAAACAGCUUUAAGCGCUGAAACUAAAUUUUCCUCAGGUGAGUGUCCUGGAUGAAUUUUGUAGGAAAGAGAUGUGAACGUUAGUUCAGUCAUUGGAGUAAAUCUUAAGAGAGAUUUGCAAAGAAAGAAAGAGAAAUGCAGCUGUGUCACUGAGCCUCAAGGACUGCUUUAAGGUGAAUUACAAUAUUUCCUUCCAAUAAAAGUCAAUUUUCUGGACUGGUUGUGUUGAAAGUGUUGGGUUUAACUGAAAAGUUAAAGUUUCAUACUUAUUUCUUUUACUUUAAAGCAAGACAACAGCUGGUAUAGGCUUUUAGCACAAAAUAUGGUCGUAUUUAUUUACAAAUAAGACAGUUUAUUGAUAUGAGGAGAGGAUUUCUGAUGAGGUGCGACAAAAAAGCAUAGAACUGGCUGGCUUUCAGGUUUGGAAAUGUCAAAACCGUAUUAAGUUUUUAAAUCAGCUAUUUUUUGUCGAUCCAAGACAUCUGGUGGGACUACUGUGCACUAAAGUAAAAGUCAAGACAUCCCUUUUUCUUAAAAACAAAUUAGAUGCAAAGGUUAGGAAUUAUUUCCACAGAGAGGACAGGGCCCAAAGACACUCAGGAGUACCUGUUUUCAAUAUUUUGUCCAGAAAGUUUAAAAGUUUAGCAAAUAUGGAAUGACUUUGGUGAAAAAUAUCACAUGACAUUUAGACAGUUCUUUAAAAUACACAUUGAGCUAUCAUUAAGAGCAGUUCUUUGCAAACUUUAUGCCAACUGUGAACCUCUAACCAUUCUGGGGCACCCCAAAACCUCUAACUACAUAUAUGAGACUAAUAUUAUGUUCUUUACAUUAUAUUUGGGUGUCAUAAAGACAAAAGUUCUGCAUAAAAAAAUGACAAAUUAUCAGCCUACUCAGAAUAAAAUAAAUAAAUAAAGCAGUUUUUAAAACAUCAGCAAAUGGGUAAACAUUUCUAAACUUUUAGUCAGCCACUCGUGCAACCCUACCUGAAGUGCCUGCCCAAAGCCUGGUGCUCACACUUUAGAAAAUGCUGAUUUGGUGUAUGUAAAUAAAGCUUUAACCUCCAGAGUGGGAUAAAUGAUUCCAAUGGGGGAGUGCAGGAAACUGCAGUUUCUCAAGUGUCUACUUGAGGCUGACUGCAAAAGUAAUGGAAACCUCAUUAGAUGCCACUUCCUAGCCGACAUAAACAUGUUUACAGCUUGGUCCAAAAAUAUUUUUGGUCUCUGCGGCUCAUUUCUCCAUUUACACUCUGUACAAGGCCUUUUUAUAACCCAUGUUUCUAGGUUUAAAAAGACCAGGGGUUAUACAGUAAUUUACAUAAUAUGGGCAUGACUGACUUGACAGACAGAUGGGUGAGUUCUGGCUGACUGUCUCAGUGUUACCUCUUGACAGGGCCUCUUGACAGCAGUAAGUGCAGCUCUAGUCAACCUCUGUUGGAGCCGCCCCUGACAUGACGUCAUGUCAGUGCUGGCGGGUUGAUGGUACUGCCCACAGUGGAGCGGGGUAACCAUAGAUGUAAUAUACACAUAUAUACAGUAGGUAUACAUGUAUGAUAUCAAUGGGGGUAACACUGCUCUGCUGCUCAGCUGAUCAACCACAAUAGAGGGAGCAGCGCCAAAAUAUCAAGCUCUGCCCUAGGCUGGCUUCUGGAAAGCCUCUGGAGAGGUUGCCAAUCAGAAGAAAGUGGGGUGGGGGGUGGGGGGGGGCGUUUCAGAUGGAGGCUGAAAUGACGGUAUAUGUGGAUACACCACUGUGAAAAAUUUUAGGCUAUUUUUGAUCUGAAAAACACGUUACGUUAAUAAAGAGGUGUCAGAAAGGACAUACAGGAUCUCCGGUCCCAGUGGCUGCUUGAAUAAUGACUUUUGUUUCCUUGACAGCAAAGGGAAAAGUCAGGUGACGUCAUCCAGCAACACGGUCAGCAUCUUGAUGGUUUUAAAACAUCAGACUUUUACACACAGGGCAGCUUAUCAUUUCUAUCGAGCAAAUUGAACUUUUACUUUUAUCAUGCCCGUCCCCCGAUCUUUACUGCAAGCAUGUGCACGAGUAUUGUGCACAAACAAAACCAAAUCUAGAAAGUGGUCUGAGACAGAAAGAGGGGAAGUCUAAAGAAGACAAACCUCAUUCCCAAGGACUAACUUGGAUAAUAAGCCUGACAUGAGUAUUCAGACUGAGAAUGAGCAAUCCUCGACUUAUGAUCAGUGUAAGAAAGUGAUUAAGUGAUAAUUGAACCAGAUGUGUAAACAGCUUGAACAUGUUAAGAGGGUAACACUUAACUUUGGCCUUAUAAUGACAAGGUUUUUAAUAUCAGCUUGUACUUUAAGUGGUGUUAGUCUCUGUAUUACAUUGGCCCUCUCUGCCUGCUAAACAAAUUAAACAAUAUGAGAUUUCAGCGUCACCCCACACAUAACCAUUGCUGUUCUCUAAUCCGCUGUGUUGUAAGGAAGACUUAACCUACAUGCUGUUAAAGCGUUUUUUACUGCCUUGCUUAUACAUAAUUUUAGUGCUGUUUGUUGCAAAAAAACAAAACAAGCCUGACGCUUCUCUCUUUUUGUAAGCAACAGUUUUAGAGCCACUCUGACCUCAAUUGGGGCUUUUUUCAGAAAGGGGAUGGCUGACAAGCAUGACAGAUAUAGCGUAUGCAACACAGCAAAACACCAAAUCCAAUGAAGUCAGGAUGUUGUUUAAAACGUGAAUAAAAACAAAAUACAAUGAUUUAUAAAUCUUUUUGGACUAUAUUUAAUUAAACACAUGAUAAAGACACAAUAUUUAAUGUUCAAACUAAAAAACAUUAAGGUUUUUUUUUUUUUUCUGCAAAUAUUCACUUAAAUUGGAUUUGAUGUUUGAAACAUGUUCCUAAAAACAGCGAGAGGGUCAUGUUUACUGCUGCAUUACAUCACCUUUGCUUAGAGCAACACUCAACGAUCAUUUCAGAACUGAGGAUAUUAAUUGCUGAAGCUUUGGAGGUGCAAUUCUUUUCCAUUCUUGCUUGAUGUAUGACUUCAGUUACUCAACAGUCGUGGGUCUCCGUUGAGGUAUUUCACACUUCAUAAUGUGCCACACAUUUUCAAUGGGAGACAGGUCUGAACUGCAGGCAGGAGCCUCCACAGAUGUGGCAAUCAACCCCCCCAAUACAAUCACAGAUGCUGGUUUGAACUUUGACCUUAGAACAAUCAGGAUGAUGCUUUUACUAUUCAGCCCUGGAGGAUACCAUGUCCGUGAUUUUGAAACUGACAACCUGAAAUGUGGACUCAUCAGACUCUUUUUCCACUUUUCCACUUUGCAUCAGUCCAUCUGUGAUUAGCUUGGGCCUAGGGAAGCCGCAGUGUUUGUGGCUGUUGCUGAUAUCUGGCUUUGGCUUUGCGUGGUAGAGUUUGAACUUGCACUUGUAGAUGUAGAGACAAACUGUGAUACUCGACAGUGGGAUUUUUUACGUUAGGUUCUCCUGAGCCAAUGUGGUAAUAUCCCUAACAGAACAAUGUGGGUUUUAAUGCAGUACUGCCUGAUGGGCAGUUGGUUUUCGGCUUUGGCGCUUAAGUGCAGAGAUUUCUCCAGAUUCUCUGAUAUUACAGACUGUAGAUGAGGAAAUCUUCAAGUUGCAUUAAGAAAUGUUGCUCCCAAACUGUUGGACUAUUUUGUGAGCCUUGCCCCAUCCGUGCUUGUAAAAGACUAAGCCUUUCAGAGAAGCUCUUUGUAUACCCAGUUGUGACAGUCACCUGUUUCCGAUGAACAUGCGAUCCAAAUAGGUGUUUUUGAAGCAGUACUCAAUUUUCCCAGACUUUUGCUACCCCUGCCCCAACUUUUUAGGAACAUGUUGCAGCACAAGAUUCAAAAUGAGUGAAUGUUUGUAAGAACCAGUCGAGCCUCCAAUGAUGUCAGUGAAUUACAACAAAGUAAAAUGGUGUCACCAGAUAUUAACAUUGGUAAGUUACAAAGUUACAACACAGCUAAAUUUUAAAAGUUUAAACUCAAAUGGACUCAAACAAAGGCCUUUGUUCACAAUCACAACUUCAACAACUAAUUAAACACAUGCUACACUUUCAUUGAAUAGCAAUGAAAGAGUUCAUUAAAUUAAGCCAAUGCUCAAACAGAUGACCAUGACACAGGUGUGUGCUUGAUAUUCCACGUGAUGAGAGGGAAUAAUAUUGAACUCUUGAUGGUAUUGAGACUAAAAUAAAAACUUUAAAAAAAAAUGACCCAUGUAGCUGGAGACCCGUCAUCCAUUCAGGAGAUUUGGCCUUUGGAAUACUUCUUUAAAAAUUAAACUUGGAAAGGGAGUCGUCUUAUAAUGAAGGUUGUUUUACAUUCCAGCCAGUGAGGUACGAAUAAUUUAGAGUAAUCACAAUGUUUGCAUAAAUGAAGAAGUUAACACAUGGUCCGCACUAAAAUCAACAUCUUUGUCUGAUAAAUUCAAUUGGCAAAUUAAAGCCAAGAGUAUACAUUUCCAUCAUCAGUGCACACUGGUCUGUAAUUACUUUUAUCUGUCUUUAGAAAUGAAUCAAACCUCAGCUAUACUCUUUGUGUAUUUAACAGUUUGAUAUGUCUGUUCCAGCCUUGCCUGAAACAAUGGAGCGGCGAAUAAAAAUAACUAUGGAAAAUAACUGAAAGCUUGGACCGCAAACUAAGCUACACAAAGCCAUUGCCCUAAGCACCUGGUGCUUGGUUUAUCUGAACAUGGACUGUACUAAAGUCGAUACUUUUUAUUUGGAACAUUUACUUCUUAUAAUUGAAAAUAACUUGUCUGUCGACUUUGGUGCACGAUCGACCUACACAAAGGGUCUUCACUUCAUUAUAAGUUGAACUACAUUAAUUAAAAGUUCAGAGCUGUUGCAACACUCAUGGUGCCAUUGUCUUAUUAAAUCUCCCUGUUUGGACAUACCUUUGCAUAAUUGCGCAACAGGAGGAACAUCAUCUGUGACAGCGUUGGGUCUCCCAGUGAGGAAACAGUGGUGCCCUCAUCUGUGACGGUUUAUUAGUCAGGGCUGCAUGUAAUCCGCUUGACACAUGACAAACUCUUGAAUGGCACAGACAGGCAUUCAUGUGUAAUUCACCUCUGCGGGGGGAAAUAAGGUGCCACACCAGCCUUCAAAUAUGACAAGAUGAAAAAUGACAACAGCUAUGCUACUGAUUGCCAUGAGGAUAGUGAGUGUGUUCAAUUCAACUUUUCUCUAGAGGCAUAAAACCUCUUGCCUAGCCGAUGGAAAAUCAAACUUAAAACCACCAUCCAGUUCAAGCUGAGAACCCAACAAUCGGGCUAUUUGCUGAAUCCAUGCUACCCUACAAUAACACUUAUAGGACGAAUAAGAUGACACUGGCAAAAUAAGAAGAAUGCCCGUGAGAAAUACUUCUUGUGUCUUAUAUUGAUUUAUUUAGGACCAUGUUUUUCUCAGUUUGCUAUUCAGCACAUUCUUCCAUCCAUGGCUCAGAGAUUUGUUUUUAGACUCAAGAUCCUUAAUCUGUUUUUAUGUCUGUUGUGAGAGAUCUCUAUUUCUUUGUGACAGUGAGAGUAAACAGACUUAAGGAUCACAGGAUUUAAAAAAAAAAAAAAACCCUCUCCCUAAAAUUGCCGACUCAAUUUUAGCUCACUGAAGGCUUCUCCUUUUGAGGAAUAAUUGUAAAACUGCAUCUAUCUGCUGAGAAGCAACGAGGGAAGUUCAAAAUGUGCCACCGGCAGAGUCAUUAUUGUCAGAGCUGCUGUGUACAAUGACAAGAAAAGCCGCAGUAUCACAGCACCCCAACCAUUAUAUAGCCUGACUUAUCAUUUUGAACCUUCAUCUGUCACGGUUAGGAUUUAGCUUCUUGGGGUUUAACCAAGAAGCUAUAAGGUGGUGACAGCAAAGACAAUGGCAUAAACUUAUGAAGACUUUCAUUAUUUCCAUCAUAACACUGCUGUGAGGAGUUUUGUCGUGGUUAAGAAGCUGUCUGAGUUUAACACAGAUGUCUCUGUUGAAAUAACAAAAGCCAAACACACAUUUCCAAAUGGCGGGAAUCGCCCUGAGCAAUUACCCCACUGCCAACAGACAAAGGAUAUAAAGACAUACUGACAGGAAGAGCCUUUGUUUACAACUCUGAUGACAAUGAUUCACAGUAAAAAGUCAGACUUCUUUUCUCCCAAAAUUACCCAAGAUUGCCUUUCCUUGCUCCUCUGCAAACAAGAGUCUAAGAUUCAGAGAGCUAUACCGUUACUGUCUCCACACACCAACCACAAGUAAAAUCAUUCACGUUAAUGAAAUUCCAUGUUAAGUCAAUGCAAAGAAGCGAUUAGACACUCCUACAACUCUGGUGGCGCAAAUGAUGUGAAUUGGGUGAAUCUCAACUUGAGUGGAUAUUUGCAUCGCGAUAAUUACUCAGCAUGAAGGUUGCCGGGUGACGUAUGAAAACGGACGGUUGUUCACUGGUAUCUAAAAUGGAGGACAAACUGAUCAUGUUGGUGUGUGGGUGCCCUGAAUUAUAUGAAACCUUUUCUGUUAAUUACAGAAACCGGAGUAAAAAGGAGUUCGCCUGGAGGCAAGUGAGUGAGGAGGUCAAAUUACCUGGUAAACUGUAAGAAAAAAAAAACUCGUCUAUCACUUGAUCCCACCAGUUGAAUUGGCAGGGAUUACCGUUGAAAUUACUAUUGACACGGGAAUGAAGGGAGUAAAUACCAUUUAUUUACACAGCUAGAUUUGUGCAAACUAAGCAAGUAGAUGAUUUUACUCACGCUUGGUGUGAGAGUCCCAUUACAGCGUUGUUUCAGAGCCAGUCUUCACCUUAGUUACAUUUCCAUCAAACGACCAGGACAGAUGGGUAAUAAUCAAUCACACGUAUCCUCUCCAGCUCUCUUGAUUAAGAUGUUACUAUGAGCCACCACUGGAUCAGUCUACCAGCAAACAGUGAAGUCACUUCUCUGGGUCAGUCUCUUACAUUUUAACUGAACAUCUUGUAACAAACAAAACCUCACAGCUCUGGACUCUGUGGAGCAACAGUGUUGUUUAGUUGGGCCUGAAAGAUCAAAAUUAUAAACAAUUAUAAUCAUUCUGUUACUGAAAAUUUCAACUGUUUCUUUGCACUUAAAUGCACCAAAUUUAUCUGGUAUAAAUUCCUUAAUUUUAAAGGGGAAAAAGUGCAUCUUGAUUUCUAAUAUUGAACAGCUCUGAUUCAAAGUAGGGAUAUCUUUUUAGAACAUCUGCAGGAUUUUCCUGCAUUAUGAGACCCAGAUUUGCACGGAUUUAAUAAUUUCAGUAGGAUACCCAAAACCUGAGGCAAAAUUCAGGUCCUGAAAAUCAAAGGUGAUAGAGCACAUGUCAAACAGGUCAACUCACAGGUUCAAAGAAAUCUAUACCAACCCUGCAUUUACCCUCUUCUUCCAAGACAGUUUUGUAAUACAUCAAUUGCAUUUAUGAAAUGAGUGCAGUCCAUCAAAGUCACUUCAGCAAUUUACCUUUAGGAACAGCUCUGAAAAGCUGAUAAUCCAUUUGUUGUGACACUGCUACGGAUUAAACUGAGUAUGGAAGUAAAAACUUCAAUAAACAUAAAAAACAUAAAUAAAAAGUUCAUUCAGUUAGGUUGGUGUGAUACUGCAACUAUUAAUCCUUUACAGCCAAUAACAGAUACAUAAACUUAACACUUUGCAGCCCUACAUCUGUGCCUCUGAAAUGUUUGCUGACUAAAACAUACUGAAUUUAAUCUCUUGAAAAACAAACCUAUAUAACUGCCUCAUCAAAAUCUUUGGUCACCAGGCCCACAGCUUUCAUUAAAAAAAUGCAAAAUCAAAGUCCUUCAUGGUUUCUUUUAUGACUCACAUAAAAUAUGCUGCCCAGGCUCAGAGAAACUGAAUAUCGGAAGUCUGUUCUCUGUGGAGGCAUCACAAAAGGGACCAAUUUGAACAUUUUUUGAACAUGUCUAUGACUUGAUCCCAAAAUCUUUCUCCUCAACUCUGAGAAUUAUUUCAAUAUUUCAAGACUCAUUUAGAGGGUAGAAAUUAUUCAACACCACAGAGGUGACCUACCCCACACUGCGGUUGGCUGAUUGGAUAUACCUAUUAAACUCUUUUAUUCAAAUGCCGAAAGCCAAAAUAUGAAACUUGAGUGCCGCCGAGUCCCUUUCGUCUAGGGUGCCAAUAUAUACUUCUUGACUCCUUCUUUGACUGUUUUUGACAGCUGCUUGAGACAGCUCUCAAGUGUCUGAAUUAUAAUGAAUUUCAGUAAAUUUCAGAUCUAAAAGUUAGCCAACUUAACACUAGGGAGCAAGAAGCAGCUAACAGGCCUGCAGCACCUGAGUUUAAUACACCGAUAAAAACUAUGGCCCAGACUGUCAACCAUUACCUGGCCGCUGCUGCCCCCUUUAACCUUUGUGAUAUGUGUGUGACCUGUUUUCACCUCAAGCAGGACUCAAAUGGACUGCCAUGGCAAAGAGGCCUUCUGCGAUGUCAAAGUCAUCAAAUGUACUAAUGCACAAAGGACUAGGUUGGGAGCAGAACAAUAACCUAACAACUUAAGAAUUGAGAGGGUGACCUUUCUUUGAGGUCUGUUCGUGUAAAGUAGACUGGACCAGCAAGAAAACAUGUGGAGACCACCAACUGGGAAAAAAAAGGAAAAGCUGUGUCUAUCUCUGGUCAACCAUUAAUCAAAGGGGAGAGCUGCCAGAGCAUGAGAGUAUAGGCUCUGUCAGACCCGCUUACCUCGUGUGUUACAGCAGCAUAUGGAAGCUGUUGAGUGGUAGAUCCAUGAAAAAAAAGCACCCUGAUCAUCUUUAUCGGCGAGUGUGUCAAGGACACAAUUCACAAUUCUAAUGUGGGCUGAUACUUCCAAAUGCAGUUAUUGGGAAUUUUACUCUGUCAGUAAUGUGACACUGCGAUGCGCUUAUGGGUUAUCCCUUGUAAAUAAUCGCACAACAAUAAAUGAACGAGAGCACUUUUGUUGUGUUUUUGUUCAAAUUCAUCAGUAAUUAUUAAAAUAAGGAUACUGAAGUAAAAACACAGAACUUAAAAAGCUUAAUGGAGAAAAAAAAACAUAGUUCGGGAAAAAGAUUUCAUUGGGCCCAACAUCAAAUGAAUGCAAACUCUUAAGGGUAUCUUGGUUUGUAAUUCAGCAACUAUUUGCCAAUCUCCCUCAAAAGUUGAUUAUAUGCAGGGUUGCAUUCACAAAUGUUCUCCUGCUGCCUCCAUCGAGAAAAGCUCCAUGUCUUUGUUACAUGAAAAAAGGAACUUUCACUCAGAGGUCUGUUACUACACCCGUCUUUACUCGGACCUCCACAGGAGAAUUAAGAUUUUCACUGAAACAUAUACGGUUGACUGUGAGUUGUGCAUGAAUCACUGGUUGAAAAAUAGUAGCAACGAUUAAAGGAAAAGCAAGGUUAGGCCUUAGGGGGGAACUUCAUCAUCCUCCAGCAAACAGCUUCAUAAACAGUGUGUGACUCAGAGCUUAAAGCGGAAAAAAUUUGUGUUGGUACUUCCCUUAUUCACUCCUUGGCAUGUGCGUUCUGCAGUCAGGAUCAGUAAAUCAUUUAUAUCAUGUGUCUUAAUUACUACAAGUAAUUAAAGAUACCAAAUGAUAUUGACAAUGAUGAUGCUGCGGUCAUCAAGAGCCGAGUGGGAUUUGAACAAGUUCACUUAAUUUCCUUCAAACAACAGACACACACAGGACAGGAAAUGGCUCCAGUGAAACAAAUUAGCUCUGAAUGUGAUGAUACAUUGUCUGCUUGAUGUUAUGUACCCAGAAGGCUACAAGCAUUGGUUGAGUUUUAGGUGCUGCAAUGAAUCCCAAAGUGAAACUGUAAUAUGGUAAGAAGUCCUGCUAGGCCAAGGACUCAAAUUUAUCAUUUCUGCUGCAGUCCACAUGAAGCAACUGUAUCAUAGUUAGGGAUGGGGAUUGAAGCUCUGGUUCAAUUUAGGACACAUUCCUGGAUUUUUCAAACCUCAGAAGUCAAUAACAUCAAAGCACUUAAAUACUGCUAAUGAAGCUGGUACGCUCAUGAAUAUCUCAAGCCAAGCCACAGCAUUUCAAUCAAAUCAUUAGUGCACAAACAAACAUUAAAUGUCACAAAAAAGUGUCUGAAUAAAAUUUAAUAACCAGUCAAAAGGUAUUAAAUUACAAAUCAAGUUUGGGCCAAAUGUUAUUUAGAGGUUAAUUAGUUCAAUUUCCCUGUAAUAUACAAUUAAUAUUUUACAACUUGAGCUCAUUAGCGUAAAACACAUCAUAAAAAUUACUAAGGUCAAGAUUUUUUUGAGGAAAUAUUCAAAUCAAAAUACUUUUUUCCUUUUUAGUUUGCUGGUAACCUUGACCUCUUAGUUUUUUUGUAGCGAUAGUAGGAAAUGAAAUUUUAUUGCAAAUGUGAAGUCAACCUUGGAGGAGAUGUAGGUUGUGUGUAUCAGCAAGUGACAUAAACAAGCUGCUGUAGUGAUUCAUUGAAUAUCAAGCUCAAAUUUCAUAAAGAUAGUAUUGGAAGAAUAUUAGAGCUAAAAAAAAAAGAGUAUUUCUGAUUUAAAAAUAGCAACAGCUGGGACUCGUGUACAGAGGUGGAAUCAUUACUGCCAUUUUUGGUUGUUCUAUAGACAAAAGUUGGUUGCAUUAUGAACACAUUUACCUCUGUACUUAGUCCUAUUCAAAACCAUGAAAACACAUUCACCAGUUCCACAACAUCCCUGAAAAAUUGCAAAAAGGCAGUGCUAUCCAUCAAAAGUUGCAUAUUUAAGAUUUAAAUGACAGUGUCUUGCAUGUGCAACAUUCAGAGGUACCUAAAAUUUCACAAAAAGUCCAGUCAGUUUUUGCCAUUUUUAGAUAGCCAAGUUUUAAGAAAAAUGGCCAAAAUGACAGAGCAGCACUAAACGUCAGUCACUUCUACUUUCAGCUUUGCACCAGUGUUACCUCAAAUAUUUAGAGUGCUGAUGAUGGUUUGUAAAUGGUGCCACCCCAUGACAUGUAGUACAAAUGACUGGAAUCCUUCAAGCAUCAAAAAUUACACCCUACGGAGGUAAGAGAGCUAAAAUGUUUCAAGGUGAGUUGUAAACCACAGCCAGAAGCUCAGAGCAAAAUAACUGAGCUAAAUGUGUCAAGCUCUGCCACUGCUUAAAGUUUAUUGUUUAAUUAUGUGGGAAAGCUUUGUCAGACAGCUGUGGCCUUGUGCUGCCUACACAGAGAUUAACAUACUGCUUCACUCCUAUAAGACCAUAAAGAAAAGAGAAAGAGAGUUGUUUUUAACUUUAACUCCUGACAGUGCUCAGCCGUUUUUUCUCUGAUGUGAGAAACAAUCUAAAUAUACCUUGUUUUCUUCUGUAUGUAUCUCAUUAUGCAUAACUACAGUGGAUGACAUUAGGUCUUCUGCAGUCAGCAGCAAAGCAAGUACUUUUCCAUCUGUCAUGCCAUAACAAGAAACUUCAACACUUAAGAGUAUUAAACGAGCUGAGUACUGAUUGUUUUUUUUUUGUUUUGUUUUGUUUUUGUCAAGUGAUGACUUGAUUUUAAAAGACACUCUCACACUUGCCCUAUGUUACCAACAACAAUGUGUUGGAAUUUACAGUGUAUCGGUAGGCUAAAUGAAAGCCAAAAUAUUCAGGACUGAUACAGGUUGAUGCACACACGCACAGUAAUGUAACCAGCUCCAUGGUCAGUCAAAUGACACAAUCACAUGCCUACAAAGUUACCAACAAGAUGUUGGAAUUUACAGUAUUUGGAACUGGCUUGCACCCAUGAAGUGGGCUCAGCUUUUUUGCCAUUGCAAGCAAGUAGGACAGAUUAGGCAGGGAUUGACCAAAACCGUAGAACCAAGGUAUUGUUUAAUUGAACACACUAACAGAUGAAUAUUUUCAAUUAUUUUUAUUUAAGGGCUUGGGCAUGCACUGCUUUUAUAGCUUAUUAUGACUGACUGCUCGCCCUAAUACAUAGGCUAAUUGUUACUAUUACUUAGGUUGAUGGAAAAAAAACCCCUCCCCAUUAAAUUUACAAUAGAAACCUCUUACAUGACCCUAUCGUGGGUUACAAGGAUGAACUCUUGAAUAGAGAGGUUCUUAGUGUAUUCUAUCAAUGUAUUUAACAUUUUAUUUUGUUCAUUGAUUAAAAUCAAGAUAAUUCAAUAUACAGUAUGCACAAAUGUUCCCAAAUCUGGAUGAAAGGAAGCAGAAAGAAGAAGAAUCUUAUGUAACCCCCAUGGUGUAAUCAUGCUGUCACUUAUCAACAUGGAUGGUUUCUUGACAUAAGAGGAGUUUUCAGGUGAAAGUGUGAGCUCCUUCAUGAACUCCUUCAGUCUUGAUUUCAUAGAGGGGAUCCACAGCAGGGGUUAGCUGCAGUUGUGUGGGUGGUAAUAAUGUAAUGGGACAUCUAUGACAGGUUGCCUUUUCAUUCAGAAGUUAAGAGGCUACAUCAAAAUUCACCUGACAUAAAUGUACAACCUACACAGACAAAUAGUUUUCAGAGACCCUAAACAUUCCCCCAUACAGCUAUGUGUCCAAUUUGUUUCAACAGUUAAUUAUAAAUGCAGUUGUACACUUGAGACCUGGUAUAAGUACGGUAUCAUAUAGCAAUUGUCUGCUAAUCUAAAGCUCCCAGUCUCAGUCUUGUUUCUUACAAUCUGAGAAUAUGAAUAAGUAUCUCAAUAUUCAUGACACAUUUCUGUGUCCCCAGUGGAUUUAGUGUUGAUGACUUAUAAAGCAUGUUUUGGUUUCAUCACUUUGGUCUCACCUCUAUAGGACAAGACAUGGAAUAAAAUAUGGAUGAGGCACAUUGUUUGUCAAAGCAGGCAUAGAAUGAAUUUUUAACCAUAGACUUAUAUGUACAAUAACAUAAAACUAUUUCUACAAGCAAGUCACUAAUGAGAUUUAAGCAUUAACUCUGCGCAAGUCAUAUUAGUGAUGGUUGAUGGUCAGUUUUCUCUUGAAUUUAUCCUCAUUCUGUCAGACUCAGUAUAGAUCUUCCAAUAUGUUGUAUUGAAUUUUUAUUAUAGAUGUCAGAAUUAUCUUGAAAUAACUUAAACCAUAAAUGUACAUUAAGUACAAAAAGACAUUUUCACUAAGCCAAGUGGUUCCUUUCCGGUCAUUACCCCGUUUCAUUCUUGCGUAUCUGGUAAGAGCUGGAGAUGCAUUAACAUUUCUGCAUUGCCCUUUAGAUAAAUGUGGCUGUGAGGCACAUUUAGGGAAUCAAAAAAUAAACGUAUUCUUAAUACAAGCAUAGUUUCAGGAAGCUAAAUAACUGCAGCCUGACUUUGAUUCACUUGCACUUUUCCUCAGUGAUCUCAAAUACUUUAGUUGCAUGAAACUGCUACUACAUUACCUUGAAUGAGACUUUAAAAGCACACCAUCAAGGUUUUUAAUUGAGAAGUUGUUCUCAUAAUGUUCUUAUGCAAAAGCCCUCAUGCAGAGAGUGGUUAUGAAACUCAGGUUAGGUUAUGAAACAUUGAUGCCUCUUUAUCACCUAUUAAAAUUAACAGGACCAUUCAAGACAAGACGAAUGAUUUCUAUGCUGUAUAAAUGACGAAUCAAAGUUUAGUCAAAUGUGAAUGUUCAGGGCGUUUAAAGUAUCAGCUAGGUCAAAUAUCCAGAUUCAGAGUCAAAUUCUAAGUGUUUUCAAUGAACAACAAAACCAGACUUGGCCAUAUUUAAGGAUUUUGUAUUAUCAACAGUGAGUUGUGGCAUUGAAAUUAAUCCUGCAGACUGCUAAAGCUCUCAAAAAUAUCACCAAGGGCACAGACAUUUCUGUGACAUUAGAAUAACAUUUCUGAGGACCCAAGGUGGAUAAAUUGUGAAUGAUGAUAUCUUAUAUCUUCUUUGUUUAUUCCUGGGGUCAAACUCUCAGGCUCUCUGAACAAAAUUUCAGUUUUUCAGUUUUGCUUAUAAAUAUGUGAAUUAACAUGUUAGUUUUAUAUUGCAAUGAAGUUAAUCCUAACUUCAACUAUUCAACUAUCCUCUCAACUAUUCAGACUGGAAGGUUUUGGUUGAACAAGAAUGCCCGUAUGUGCACAGGAAUCUUAUUUGAAUGUUUGAACUGCUCCUGACUUUGAGGCUCAGCUGCUGCACAGCUUGGUCUUAGCAGCCCAUUUAUCAUUACAGUGAUAUUUGAUGGCCUCAAAGUAGCUGCGCUAAAUGUCCUGACCAAAAGAAAAUUGCCAGCAGCGAUACUACUGUUGUUUUGUUCAGAUUGAAGACUCAAAAGUCAGCUCAUGAUGGAGCCUGUGGGUUUGGAUUCCCCUUGAGAGCUGUGCUCUAAAUAUAAAUAGCAUUUCUCUGCAUGAUGAUACAUCAAAAAGCCGAUCUCACCUGUAGAUUCAUCUAUAAAAUCCAUAAAAUGCACACAUGAGCCAUAUAAGAAAUUCAGCCCUGCAGGAUAUAAGGUGCUUUUUGUGGUCCUUUUUUUCCCUGUUUCUGUUUUCUUGGACAGAUCAGUACUUCUAAUUCUGACAUUGUCACAGGAGACAGGCAAGGUUGUUGACAAAACGCUGGGAUGUGUUUUGCUUCCCAUUGUUAUGAGAACACAAUUAGUCAUUUUAUUUGGUGAGCGCUCCAAAUUAAUGCAAAAGCUGUUGUUUUUUUUCACUUGAGGCUAAUUGACAAAAUUGAUAAUUCUGGCCUUUGGAUGGCACAUGAACCACACAGAGAAGUGAUUUCAUGACAGAUUGUUUUGUCAGCAAGAUGAAUCUUUUUGAUAGAUGGACAGCCAUAGGCUUUGGGUGUUCAAUAAUAAAUAUUACCUGUCAAUCUCUCUUAUUGACAAAAGCACCUCAGUCAGCCUGUUUGUCCCUGUAGUCCUCUCUUUGUAAUGACAAUGCCCUAUCCACUUUAAAUGUAUAUAUAGAGAGUCAGCCUGUUGUUUCCUACUUGUUUAUUAGAAAGGUAUCCAAAAGCAGCUCUGGGCAUUCAAGUCAAUGCCACACAUUCAGAAUGAAUCCAUGAAUCAAUAAGCAUGAACAAGACAGUUCAGUACCUUAUUGGGAUUCAGCUUGGCAUGUAUAGGAUAACAGUGAGGUACAGAGACUGCAUUCAUUUACCAAUUCACAAAUCCUCUUUCAUUCACAUGCACAUCAACUGAAAUCAAUGGAAGUGGAGCAGCAAUGCGCGGCUGACUAAUGAUGGCAAUUAAGGUUUGGUGGUUUGCUCAAAAACAUGCAGAAAAACAGUGAUGUUUUACCAUAUGCUUUCUGAGCCUGCCCACACACUUAAGAGUUCUGCCACGCCCAUAAAAUAGGUUCCUCUCUCAUGUGGCUUAAUGCUUCACUACUCUAUAGGUGGUAUAAACCUGGCACCUGGCACCUGCAUAUAAAGAGAAAAUGUCAGCUAAAGAUAUCCAAAGCAGAAGUACAGCAGCAGUCAAGAAAAAAAAAACAACCUCGUUGUGAAAUCUGGUCACUUCAUCCCCCCUAUUUUAGCUCCUGUCUCCUGUGAGAAGGAGACAGAAGGACUUCAGUUUUUUUUUUUUUUUAAAUCAUAUUAUACAUCCUUUGUGAAGCCAACAUCAUUCAGGAGACACAAUUGACUAAUGAUAACAUUCAUAGCUGAUUCUUUCUUAAGAUUCAUUCUUAACUGGUUAUUAAAACGACAUGACAAUUACAUCUAGAUGUAAGACGGCUAUCACAACCUGCUAUGAAAAGCAAUGAUUUGAUUGGCUGCAGCCUGCAGGUAUAUAAAGCACUUCCUUUCAUACGUUAUACAAUGGGUUGAGUAAUCACUAUGACUAUGACUAUGAAAAGACAUCAUACAUGUCCUUGUAAUUUUCCAUGAAUCAAUUUAUUAUGAUUGUAUUUUAUUUGCUAGUGUUAGAUUUAUACUUUUUCACCGAACUCAUGCAAUUUAAUGAGUGUUUUCACAGGUUGUUUUCAUUUAGCCAGAACAGUGUGACGUUUAACUUGAUAAGGAGGAAGCUGAUGAGCCUCAAGGCUCUCUUUGUUCUGUUGGACAGGUCUGCUACAGUAGUUACACAACACACACACACACACACACACACACACACACACACACACACACACACACACACACACACACACACACACACACACACACACACACACACACACACACACACACACAUAUUUCACAGCUCAUUGUAGUAAGACCACAUGAACAGUGGCUGGCCUGUUCACGUAGGAGAUAACUGGCCGAUGAGACUCGGUUGCGUGUUAAGUCCAACCUCUGUCCAGGGCAAUCCCUGCCCAAGAAGAUAAAUGUGAAUUAUACCCGGAAAUGGGCACUUGUUAGGGGUGAGAGAAAAAAAACGAUAGUAUCACGAUAUUUUGUCUGGGUAUAUACCUUGUCUCAUUUACCAAGUAUCGAUUUUUCUAAUCAGUUGCUAAUAUGAAAUCAAAUCGAUGAUAAUGGAAAAAUAAAAUCAACUGUUUGUCCAGUGAGUUGGCAGAAUUGACACCAAAGAGCAGGAGAAAGUUAGUACAACAAAUAUAUUUCAGGUUUUCAAGAUGUGCUACAUGAAAAUAAGAUACAGCGUAAAUAAGAUAAGCUGAACAGUGGAUUUUUUUUUAUAAAUUGCUAUAUUUUAUACUCGCUGUAUUGCAAAAUGUUAAAAAUCACAGUAAUAUCAUAUCAUGGCCCAAGUAUUGUAAUAUUGUAUCAUGGGGCCACUAGUGAUUCCCACCCCUAGCACAUGUUAUGAUGGAGAUCCUAGGAGCUCUGUCAUUGUGAGUCCAGCGCUGUAUUACUCUACCUGUGACCAUAAUAAAACGUUUAUCUGAAACCUGAAGACUUCUCUGGUUGUUCUUGAGCAGUCAACUAAAGAACCGAUUCUUACAAUUUUAUCUGUACAGGUGUUUUUUUUACAAUCCAGAAUCUACACGCAUUAUGGACUACUAACCUAUGAAUAAAAAGUUCAUAAAUGAUGCAUCUGAAGGUUGUCUUAUUGUUAUCACAUUCAGGUUCAUGACAGAAGAAGAGAGGGAUAUGAUGGAUGGACAUAAGGCCUCAUGAUAUGAUACAAAUCAGGUUCAGGUGUACAGGUAGCUAUGUCAACAUUGUUGUCAGGUGAUGGCCCGGAAAGGCAAAAGGUUUUUCACCGCUGUGGUGCCAAAUGCUGGUGUUUUUCUUUGUUUAUUCAGUGUUUGGUGGGAAUUGCAAAAAUUGACUUUGGCAAAGUUUAUCCACACCAAAACAAGUUUUCAUUCGCUUCAUCAGAGGAACAGCAUCAAGACUCUUACUGAUCAUCAAGAAACUUACGAUAGUGUAUAAAACAGAAGAGCGGCUCGGCAACCUGGUUACUCUAGGUCUCGCAUCCAAGAAGCUUUAAGUAUAGACUUAACUCGAAAUAACUAAAAUAGCAACACAGUUUUGCUAUAUACAGUACCACUUUUAAUAUAUUCCUUCAUCACUUUAAAAUCAACCAGACAAAGAUGGUGGAAUACUGUUAAGCUAAUAAACCUUGUGGAGUGCACUUUUGAUUGGAAAGACUCCCCAAUUUAAGACCAUAAUUAAAGCAGUGGAGAAGUGGGACACGCAGCGUGAAUAAUAUAGAGCAGCUAUAUUGAGCUUUUUCAUGCAUGUUUUAACGGAGAUGAGAAAGAGUUUUGUGACCACUCUGAAACAACAUCCAAUAUAAUCCAAUUUGCACAAUAGCCUUUGGAACCAGCCUGCUAGUUGACCCUGCGGCAACAACAGUGGAGGAAUCUAAUGUCAUACAAUUAUACUUGAUUUAAUUCUUCAUAUCUCUUUCUGCAGAUGUUUAUAUUCCACAACGUGACGAUCACAGUUCCUGAGAACUUCACUCAGUGCACCACCCACGGCAGUUUUGUCCAGCGCUGGCAGGAGACCAUUUACAAUAUGUUCACCUUUGUUUGCCUCUUCCUCCUGCCUCUGGCCAUCAUGAUCUUCUGUUAUACAAGAAUUCUCAUUGAGAUUUCCAGCCGCAUGGCUCGCAACAACUGUAAGUGUUUACAUAGAAACAUACCCGUGCUCUUAGAAAUAAGCAGCUGUGAUUGAAAGUGUUUCCCUUUCUUUUAGUGGUGUCUCGAGACGUCCACCUGCGACGCUCCCACAACAACAUCCCUAAAGCUCGCAUGAGGACUCUUAAGAUGAGCAUCGUCAUUGUAACGUCAUUCAUCAUCUGCUGGACCCCGUAUUAUCUGCUGGGCCUGUGGUACUGGCUGUUUCCUGAGAAAAUGGAGGAGACCGUUUCUCAUUCACUCACUCAUAUGCUGUUUAUCUUUGGUCUCUUCAACGCCUGUCUGGACCCCAUCACUUAUGGUCUAUUCACCAUUCAUCUCCACCAGGGUCUGAAGAGGUGCUGUCGAAACUCAAACACACAGAUUGCAUUGGAAAACAACACCUGCCUUCUGCAUAUGACUCGCCUGUCAUCCCAUCAGCAGACUGCCUCGAGUGGUCAAAACACAGGGAUGGAAGGGGGAGACAUCAUCAGCAGCAGCAUGAAAAGUGGCUCAAGGCCAAUCAUGCCAAUAAGCAAAAUGUGAUGGCGUUACGCUUGUUAAGAAAGAACUCCUGCUGCUGCCAAUCAGUGUUGAGCUCAGUCUCCCAAGAGAAAGCAGCAAGCGUUGAAAUGCUUGUCAAAAAUUCAAUGUUUCUUUGCCAGUAGGAUCUGUUCACUUCUGUUUCACUGAUGUAAGUGACACUGCAUUACUGCUCAAACGUGGUUUGUUUAUCCCGCCGUCUGUCACACAUAUCUUGGAUACCUCUGAUCAGACUUGCUCAUGUCCCGCACAGUUUCAGUGGGCUCAAAAAAAAAAAAGACUGUAUGAUGGAUAAUUCAGCAGUGACUGUGGUUUACUCACAACAAACAAACAAACAUAAUUACAGGGUUUUAGCAGAUGUGAUUACAACCUCUGCUAUUUUAUGAGUUAAGUAAACUAGAGGAACAGAAAUGUGCAUGUAAUUGGAGAUAAUGCAACAGAGAGGAACCAUGAGAGAGAGGUUAUUUUUGCAUUUGUAUUAAACGAAGUCUAAGAUGCAUCAAUUGAAUUACUGCUGUGUUAACUAUUUAUUUUUAAUACAGUGUUGCAUGACAGAGGGCUUUUUGUCUAAAAAAAAUUUCAUUGCCUACUGUCUAAAAAAUGCUUUAAAUUUGACAUUUGUUAAGCUCUGUGUGCAAAGUCAAAUACUGUGAUUUUGUCUCAUGAAAAAAAUGAAUGUUAUGACUUUUCUCAUUAUUGACGAUGAUGGCCUUUUAGAUUACUCUUACCGUAAUGUGUAUUGAAUGUACCUGUGCAGCAUGUUGUUGUGUUUAUUACUGUGUAAUCUGUCUAAUCAAUUCUGUAUUUACUGUGUUGCACAGACACAAAUACUCCAAAAUCUUUAUUCUUUGUGGCGUUAAGUAUAUUUUCAAUAUUAGUGUUUUUGUGUUUUGGGAAUCAUUUUCUAAUUUGUGAUGUUUUUUCUGACUAAAAGUAAUUUGAGAACUUUGUUAUGUACAUGUAAAAGGUGAUGGUUUACACUGUAUUUGAUUGUCUCAUUUGUCGUUGCAGCAGCAAAAAACAUAGAGCAAAGGCAUUUGUUUCUGUGCGGUUGAUUCUUUCUUGCGAGAUGUUAAAAAAAAUAUUGUGUUGUUUAUCAUGAGAAUAAAACAAAUCAAGCAUUCUUUUUUGCUGCAAUUAGUGAAUCAUGAACAACCAGGUCUUCAAAG